GUCUUUAAGAGGUUUCAUUCCCUUAAAGGGCCAGCUUCAUCAUUAAAGUUGGGCUGGUGGUGCCGAUCGGAGUCGGUGGAAUGUUGCUUAUCGUGAAACCGCUGCAGGGUACUGAAUGCAACUUGCAGGUCUCAGAAAAUGAGAAAAUUUCCACUGUGAAGACCUUAGUAGCUGAAAAGUUAGAUAUUCCUGUUGGACAACAGAGGCUCUUAUAUAAAGGCAAAGCCUUAUCAGAUGAGCACAGACUGUCAGACUAUUCCAUUGGCCCUGAUUCCAAACUUAACCUCGUGGUGAAACAGCCAGAAAAGUCCUUACCAGAAGACACUUUAAACAAAGUGAUGCCGCAGCAGCCUAGUAUAUGGUCGCAGGUGUCUGAAGUUCUGGCAAAGCACUUCACCCAGCAAGAUGCAGAAAAAGUCUUGGAACAGCUACAGAAGGAUUAUGAACGCAGCCUGCGACAUCUAAGUCUCGAUGACAUUGAACGAUUGGCUACCCGCAUAUUGCACCCAGAGAUGGCAGAGUCCAUGGAUGUGGGCUUUUUUGACUAGAGAAAAUGAAGAUAGCAUGCUUUAUUGAAGGCCAUGAAAAUAAUAUACAGUCUAUCUAUGGGGAAUGUGGGAACAAACCCUUGAUGGUCUUGCAGCUUCUUCUGAGCAUGUGCAGGAGUGACUGUGAAAAUGGAAAGACUUGCCUGGGAUUUUACAUCUUAAGAUGUUCAGAUCUUCCAGAAAACUUUCUUUGACUUUUGAUAAAUUAAAAUUUACUUCACUGGCAACAGGA